AUGUACGGCAGCGCCAGAGCGGUUGGUCACUUAGAGAGCAGCCCCGCACGCUCCUCGCGCCUGCCUCGGUCCCCUCGACUGGGCCACCGGAGGGCCAACAGCGGGGGUGGGAGCGGCGCGGGGGGCAAGACGCUCUCCAUGGAGAACAUCCAGUCUCUAAACGCUGCCUACGCCACUUCGGGGCCCAUGUACCUGAGCGACCACGAGGGCGUGGGCUCCACGGCCACGUACCCGAAAGGCACCACCACUCUGGGCCGGGCCACCAGCCGGGCCAUGUACGGGGGCCGCGUCACAGCCAUGGGCAGUAGCCCCAACAUCGCUUCGGUGGGGCUGCCCCAUGCUGACCUUCUGUCUUACAGUGACCUGGGCUCCAUCUCCAUGCUGCACGCCCACCACCACCACCACCACCACCAGGGGGUGCCCUCCGCCCUCCUGAGGCAGGCGGUGCGCAGCAGUGGGGGGGAACUGCUGGAGAUGCAGGCCCAGUUCAGGGACAUGCAGAGGGAGAACGAGAUGCUGCGCAGGGAGCUGGACCUGAAAGACAGUAAGCUGGGAUCCUCCACCAACAGCAUCAAGAGCUUCUGGAGCCCCGAGCUGAAGAAGGAGCGCAUCAUGAGGAAGGAGGAGGCGGCGCGUACGUCCAUCCUCAAAGAGCAGAUGAGAGUCACGCACGAGGAGAACCAGCAUCUCCAGAUGACCAUCCAAGCUCUUCAGGACGAGCUGCGCACGCAACGCGACCUCAACCACCUGCUGCAGCAGGAGAGCGGCAACCGCUCCGGCGCCGAGCACUUCACCACCAUCGAGCUGACCGAGGAAAACUUCCGCCGGCUCCAGGCCGAGCACGACCGUCAGGCCAAGGAGCUCUUCCUGUUGAGGAAAACCCUGGAGGAGAUGGAGCUGAGGAUUGAGACGCAGAAGCAGACGCUGGGAGCCAGAGACGAGUCCAUUAAGAAGCUGCUGGAGAUGCUGCAGAGUAAAGGGCUGCCCUCGGGGCCCGGGAGGGUGUCCGAGGAGGAGGAGCAGGAGAGGAACAGGCGAAUUGCUGAGGCUGAGGCCCAGCUCGGACACCUGGAGGUCAUUCUGGACCAGAAGGAGAAGGAAAACAUCCAUCUGCGAGAGGAGCUGCACCGAAGAAAUCAGCUGCACCAGGACCCGAGCAAAACGAAGGCCCUGCAAACCAUCAUAGAAAUGAAGGACACCAAGAUCGCCUCCCUGGAGCGCAACAUCCGAGACCUGGAGGAUGAGAUCCAGAUGCUGAAGGCGAACGGCUUGCUGAACACGGAGGACCGCGAGGAGGAGAUCAAGCAGAUGGAGGUCUACAAGAACCACUCCAAGUUUAUGAAGACCAAGAUUGACCAACUCAAGCAGGAGUUGUCCAAGAAGGAGUCCGAGCUGCUGGCGCUGCAGACAAAGUUGGAGACCCUGAACAACCAGAACUCGGACUGCAAGCAGCACAUCGAGGUGCUCAAAGAGUCUCUCACCGCCAAAGAGCAACGUGCGGCCAUCUUGCAAACAGAGGUGGAUGCUCUCCGUCUGCGUUUGGAGGAAAAAGAGUCCUUCCUCAACAAGAAAACCAAACAGCUACAGGACUUGACUGAAGAGAAAGGCACUCUUGCGGGAGAAAUCAGGGACAUGAAGGACAUGCUGGAGGUCAAAGAGAGGAAAAUCAAUGUCUUACAGAAGAAGAUUGAGAACCUGCAGGAGCAACUGCGGGAUAAAGACAAGCAGCUAAGCAACCUGAAGGACCGGGUCAAGUCCCUGCAGACCGACUCCACCAACACUGACACUGCCCUGGCCACCCUGGAGGAGGCCCUGUCAGAGAAGGAGAGAAUCAUCGAGCGUCUGAAGGACCAAAGGGAGCGCGAAGACAGAGAACGUGUGGAGGAAGUGGACGCCUACAAGAAGGAGAACAAGGACCUCAAGGAGAAAGUCAACAGCCUGCAGAUCGAAUUAACAGAAAAAGAGUCCAGCCUCAUCGAUCUUAAGGAGCAUGCGUCGUCCCUGGCAUCUUCUGGCCUCAAAAAGGACUCGAAGCUCAAGUCCCUGGAGAUCGCCAUUGAGCAGAAAAAAGAGGAGUGCAGUAAGUUGGAGACGCAAUUGCAGAAGGUCCACGAAGUGGAGCACCAGUCGGGCUCAAGAGGGAACCCGGAGUACGUGGACCGAGUGAAGCUGCUGGAGAAGGAGGUGGGCUACUACAAGGACGAGGCCGGCAAGGCCCAGACGGAGGUGGAGAGGCUCCUGGACAUCCUGCGGGAGGUGGAAACUGAAAAGAACGACAAAGAUAAGAAGAUCGCAGAGUUGGAAAGACAAGGAGGCAAAGACCCGACCAAGAAAGGCGCCAACAUCAAACUGGGCCCACAGGGGGACAAGAAAGGCUUGGGACAGGACCCUCGGAAGGACAGCUCCUUGGAAGGCGGACACCAUUCCAAGCUGGAGGACCUGAUGAACACACUGGAGAGGACGCGGCAGGAACUGGAUUCCACCAAGCAGCGCCUCUCGUCCACGCAGCAAUCCCUGCAGGAACGGGACAGCCACCUCACCAACAUGAGGCAAGAGCGCAGGAAGCAGCUGGAGGAGAUUCUGGAGAUGAAACAGCAAGCUCUGCUCGCCGCAAUCAGUGAGAAAGAUGCAAAUAUUGCGCUGCUGGAACUGUCCGCCUCCAACAAAAAGAAGACCCAAGAGGAGGUCAUGUCCCUGAAGAGGGAGCGGGACAAACUGAUGCACCAACUGAAGCAGCACACUCAAAGCCGAAUGAAGCUGAUCGCCGACAACUUUGAAGAUGAACAAUAUCACCCGCACGGUCCGCACCACCCCCAGUCUCAGCCCCCGCACCCCCAGCAGCAACCUCAGACCCAGUACGCCCACCCUCCCCACGCCCAGCAGCUCCCGUACGCGCACACCCCUCACAUGCAGCAUCCGCAGGCCGCCCCUCAGCACCCUCACCCCCAGCAGGCGCAGCUCCAGUACCCUCACGCUCAACACCCGCAGCACUCGCAGCACCCUCAAGCACCCCCACAGCACUCGCAGCACCCGCGCCCCCCGCAGCCCCAACACCCGCAUCUCCAGCAUCCCCCGCAGCAUCCGCACGGACACCCCCCGCCGCAGCACCCGCAUCCCCAGCACCCGCACGGCCCCCUCCAACAGGGGCCUCACCCUCAGCACCCCCAACAUCCUCAGCACCCCCAGCACCCCCAGCACCCCCAGCACCCUCAGCACCCCCAGCACCCUCAGCACCCUCAGCACCCCCAGCACCCUCAGCACCCUCAGCACGCUCAGCACCCCCAGCCCCAACACCACGGGCAGCACCCACGCCAUCCGUCGCCUCAUCAUCGCGGGGGGCCGGGCCGAGGUCCCCCACAUGCUGGCCAUCGCCCUUCCCCGGACCAGGAUGACGAGGAGGGCAUAUGGGCAUAAACGUUGCCAUGACAACCAAAGUACAAAACUUCUUUUGAGGGCCACGACGGAGGGAGAGCAGCCAGACCAUGACGUUGAAAUACCAAGAAGUGUAUUACCUUUACUCGCCAAGAAGACCUUUCUUUUUGUUUUUGUUCUUUUUGGUUUGUUUGGUUUUUUGGAGGAAGUCAGGCAAGU